AUGUUCAUGAUUAUUCGAGAAGGAUCAGCAGGAGGAGCAGGUCCUGCUGGCGGAAUGAGCGCUCCACAGGAGAGAUCUGCAAAACAGGUCCAGGCGGCAAUCAAGAAGAAAGUAGAGAAACAGAAGAAAAAAGUUGAAAUGGGUGUGGUGGAGGCAUUUAGCAAUACAAGACCUAAAAUGGGACAGAAAAGUAAUCAGCCCAUCCAGCCUCCCAGAAGAGCUGGAAAUGGUGAGGAGGAGGAGGAGGAGGAGGAAGAAGAAGAGGAGCCCGUUGAGACUGGGGAACACAAGGAGAAAGAGGAACUCGACCUUGUAACUAUUGUGGAUUCUGUUUUUGGCCAAGACAGAGAACUGCGGCCAGAGGAGAUUGAAGAACUAAGAGAAGCCUUUAAAGAGUUUGAUAGGAACAAAGGAUACAUUAACUGCAGGGAUCUGGGCGAAUGCAUGAGGACUAUGGGAUACAUGCCAACAGAGAUGGAACUCAUUGAACUGAGUCAACAAAUUAGUGGGGGUAAAAUUGAUUUUGAGGACUUCGUGGAGCUCAUGGGCCCCAAAAUGCUGGCAGAGACAGCGGACAUGAUUGGAGUCAAGGAGUUAAGAGAUGCCUUUAAAGAGUUUGACUCCAACGGUGAUGGGCAAAUCAGUGUCACAGAACUGAGAGAAGCCAUGAAAAAGCUGAUGGGAGAGCAGCUGAACCCCAGAGAUAUUGACGAUAUUCUCCGAGAUGCCGACCUCAAUGGAGACGGACUGGUUGAUUUUGAAGAGUUUGUUAGGAUGAUGUCCCGUUGAUGGAAGCCACAGAGACGACUUCAUUUCCUUCAUGAUGAAAAAAGGGUCACACGAUUCAGCAAUCUGAAUGUUCUCGCAAGGCCUCACCAGACUAACACAUAUUGUAAAACUUCUUUUUCAUUUUAUUUUAAA